CAAGCAGCGACACCUCUUCCCUCAAGACUAUAUAUUCAACUUUUUAAUAUGAAGAGUGAUUGCCGUGAAACAGUAAUAACCGUCAAUUGUUGCACAACUUCAAUAAAAUGAUCCAAAAUACAAAUUAAUUUAGAAUAGGAAAUUAACACGAAUGAACAAUGAAACAUAUUAGUGAUUCAAUUUACAGACGAACUACACAGCAAGUUUAUUGCAUUAUUUGUCGUCGAAUAACUAAAGAAAGAAGUAAAUUUUAAAGUUUGUUACAAGUUAGAUAACAAUGAUUUACAUUGGAAUUAAAAUAAUUUUCUGUAUCGCCUCCAUUUUGACUGCUGAAUUUUUGACAACCGAGGCGAAAUUCCUGAAUUUCAUUGAUAAUAUCAACAAAGUCGAGAGAUUUGAUAGCGUCUUUCUUUUCAAACCAUCAAAGGACCACUUUUCGUCCGAUUUAAAUGACAUCUUUAUUCGCAACCUCACAACUUCACUUCGUAUUCCAAUAAUUCUCUCAACAGAAGUCUCUUCUUUUUAUUUGAAGCGAGAAUUCAAUGAAAACCUUCUUACCAUCGUUCAAUUUGAUUCAAGUGAUCUAUUUCUUCAGCGACUAUUGGAACAUCUUCAACAUCUUCGGUUUUCUAAGACAAUUUUUGUGCUCAAGAAUAAUUCCUCCAGGAAUAAUUUGAAGAAAUUGCAGAAUAUUUUCAAUUUCUGUUGGUUGAAUAGAAUGGUUAAUGUUGUGGUAGUUUUUCAAGAUUUUGUAACUUCUUCGACUUACUACAGUUAUAGCAAUUUCGGACAAUUUACAAUCACAGAAUUCUUCUGGAUCAACAGAAACUCCGAUGUUUUUCCAAAUCGAAUGCAAAACCUGCAAAAUUCUUCAUUACCUGUUAUUUUUGGAGCAACAGAGCCAGCACAAGUCGUUUCUAAAACUGCUAACGGUAAUACAAUAAUUGGUGGCCAUAUUUUACACCUUUUCCAUACAUUUGCCAAAAAGCAUAAUGCAAUGUUGGAUACUUCGAAUGUAAAAGUUUCAUUUUCGUUCUAUGAUUUUGAUCAGCGUGUUUUUAGUGGCAAAGUUGAAAUCUCAGGUACGAGUUGGUUAUUUCUCGAGGAUUCAAUGGAUUGGCACUCAUAUCCACAUAGUUAUACCGAUUAUGGUGUAAUGUUGCCCAUAGAGCCAAACGUUCCCAUUUAUAAAAUUUUUGCUUUUGUAUUUCAUUGGGAAACAUUUCUAAUAUUAGUUGUGGUAGUGAUAUUACUUUCUACAGUGCUUACAGCAGUUGCUAAGUUGUCAGGAUCACAUCGAGGCUUUUUUAUUUUGGAUUACUUUAUCGACUGUUUUCGUGGGAUACUUGGACAAUCGUUUUCUGAAGAAUCAAAUUAUUCAUUUACUUCAAAACUGAUUUAUUCACUGAUAUUUUUACUUGGAAUAAUGAUAGUAACAUCGUAUGAUGCGUUUCUUCAGUCUUUCAUGACGGAACCUCCAAAGGAAAAAACUAUAAGAUCAUUUGAAGACCUUAAUUCAUUUGAUUUGAAGAUUGUUGCAUUGCAAUCAGACAUCGAUGAGACAUUAUUUAAACUAUCACCGACUAUAAUGAAGAAAUACUCAAAUUCAUUUCUAGGUGAAUCAAAUCUUAAAACUUUUUUAAAACACCGAGAUAGCCUUGAUGAUAAUUAUGCCUUUGCUCUUCCCAAAUACAAAUGGAAUAUUUAUGAAAAUCAACAAAAUUUCUAUGGUCAGCAAUUAUUUCGCUGGUCUAAGGAAUUAUGCUUCUUAAAAGAUAGGCUAGUGACUUUAACAAUAAAUGAGAAUUCAAUUUACAAACAAAUUUUAAACACUCAUAUCCUAGAAGUGCAAUCAGCUGGAUUGAUGGGUUUUUGGCAAAGAAAAGGAUUUCUUGAAUUAAUUAGACUUGGACGAAUUAAAAAGUUAGAUUUUGAAUUUGAAUUAAACCGGCGGCGACCGUUGAAAGUUGAAGAUUUCAAAUGGAUUUGGAUAGUGAUGGGAUUGGCGUAUGUUAUUGCUGGUUUGUGUUUUAUUGCAGAA